AUGAACCCGUGUAUUCGAGGCAUUUCGCCAGUGUGGGGAAUGCGGGCAGGCGCGCGCAACUGCAUCUCCCAGAGGCGAACUUGCGGCUCGUCGUCAGCAUUGCCAGAAAGUAUCUCGGCAGGGGGAUGCCGCUGUCGGACCUCAUUCAGGAGGGCAACAUCGGUCUCAUGCGUGGGCGUGCAGAAGUUCGACUACCGCAAGGGCUUCAAGUUCAGCACCUACGCCACCUGGUGGAUUCGACAGGCGGUCAGCAGAUCCAUAGCGGACCAGUCCCGCACCAUCCGCAUACCCGUCCAUAUGACGGAGAUCGUCAACAAGCUGAUGCGCACUACUCGUAAGUUCGUGCAGGAAUACGGGCGCGACCCCACCGAUGAAGAGAUAGGAAGCGGGAUGGACAUUACGGCUGAGCGGGUGCGGGAGAUCCGGAAGUUCGCGCAGCUCCCCCUGGCCCUCGAGACGCCGGUUGGCGAGGACGGCGGCGCACAGUUAGGCGACUUCGUUGAGGACAGGAACCAGGUCCCUCCCGUGGAGGCCGCGUCAUACCUGUUGCUCAAGGAGCAGAUCGCCGAUGUGUUGUCCACCCUCAGCGAGCGGGAGGCGAGGGUGCUUGAGCUGCGUUUCGGACUCGGGGACGGUAUCUCUCACACCCUGGAGCAGGUUGGCCGGGAGUUCGGGGUCACGAGGGAGCGCAUACGCCAGAUAGAAGCCAAGGCGUUGAGGAAGUUGAGGCAUCCGAGCCACUCCAGGAAAUUGCGGGACUUUCUGGAUUAG